CCAUCACACAGCAUGGAAUGCAAGAGCGACUUCACUCAGCCCAUAGCACGGACUUACUUACACACUACAGAGGGUCGUCGUCACAGGUCGCUCAUGGUCUGCCUGGCCAGCAGGCACUUUGAGGUGCAGUCUGAAAGCGAAGAUAAUGUUGCAAGAUCCAGCACAGCAGGGAAAAACCUUCCCGAGAUAUUCUUUCCUCGAGCAAGUAUCUGAGAUAGGGUCCCCUCCUCGAUUUGGGCUUGACUUGUGUCUCAUGCUUCACAGUUGCACAUGUGAAUGACGAGGUCUCCUCCUCCCCCAGUUAGUUCUUGAUUCUGCGUUCGUUUCACUCAUUCCUGCGACUAGACUUGCCAGUACUACUAGUGAGAUAGCUGUCUGGUUCGGAAGUUCAACUCGCAAUGCUCAUGUCUCCCCAGUCCCUGUGUCCUUUCGAAGGAACGGCUUCCGGCGGCGCAAUGAAGUCUCCAAGUAAAUCUCCUCCUACUUCUCAACUAACCGGAGACAGCUCUACGACGACGUCGCCAGAGUCGCAGCCUCUCGCGCGCCGUCGCUCACUGAAACUCGCGAGCCUGCGACUGCACAUCCCAGUGCACCACUCGUCGCCAGCAGCUCUCGAAAACCCCCCUCCGGAUUCUUCCGCUCUGGGAGUAGAAGUACAACUGCCACGCGAGGGCCCCCCUCGACGCGAGAGGCCCCCUCGACCUGAUCUCCCGGCGUUCGCCGCGGCGGAAUCGAUCGUAACGCUCAACUCGAAGCCGCUCGCCCCCACGACUUCUGCUGUCACCACGACAUCGAGUUCCUGCUGCAGUUAUUCCCCGGAUUCCAACAGUAGCAGCGGCAGUAGCAGCAGUAGCGGCAGCAGUAGCGGCAGCAGCGGCAGCAGUAGCGGCAGCAGCGGCAGUAGCGGCAAUAGCGGUUCGGUACUUCGCGCGUUUCCAGCCGCGUUCCCUCUCUCCCCGGCUACGCCCGCCACGUCAGCUUCUGCCGGGCCGCUCGUAUCGCCGCCGACGUGUCAUGCUGCUCACGGCAAAUGCCGCGGCUCCGCUAGAACGGUGCGCCCUGGUUGCGAAGCUACUAGCUCCCGCGGAGACGGCGGACAUUCCCCUUCCGCUCAGACUUCUCCCUCCCCAUCCGCCUCCCCCUCGGGCUGGCGCCCGCCGACCCCCGCGGUCGUGCGCAGCCCCAAUGCGGAGGUCGUUGCGGAGCGAUCGCGCGAUUCCCCCGACAUGGACCGCGUGUGGGUGAGGCUGGCGGAGCAGUUAGAGCGCGCGGAAGCCGGGAGGAAGGCGCGAGCGCACGCGUCCGGCGCUGGCUCCCCGCCACGGGGUCUUGAGCGCCGAUCAGCAGCGCCCGCGGUGGUGCUCCGCCGAGCAUUCUCCGCAACUUCCGCAGCCCUUCAGAUGCCCGCUUCGCCUGCGGGCGCGCGCGCACGUGGCGCAGCUCCGCCGCCCGCUCGCCGUUCCGCCACCCUCGAGUCCCUCCCCUGGUCGUCGAGGGUUUCCCCUGCAGGGUUCGGCGAGGCUGCACCUGCGCCAAAAGCCAGUGCACCCGCAAAUGCCCCCGCCCAAGAGAACACCUCCCCUUGCGCCUCCCCUUCCGCCUCCCCGUGCGACUCCCCCAAGUCUCCGUCGAAUACGAUUGGCCGACGGCUGAACGAGUGGUGGUACGGGCGGCGGCGCUUUCAGGUUGCGGAGUCCGCAGCGCAGAUAGACGGCGCACCCGCCAACGGCGCGUAUUGCCGCACUACGGGCUGCGGCUGCGGGCCGGCAGGAGCGGUUCAGCUUCGCGCGUGGUGUUGCGAGGAGGAAAGACGGAUUUCAGAGGAUACCGAUCACUUGCGCAGCGGCGGUACUAGCUGCGGCGACGGAGUUUCAGACGCGGACGUUGUUGCAAGACGCGCUUCUGCCUGCACGUCUCGGCCAGCUUGCGCGCACUACGCGGCGGCGACACAGCUGUUCAGCCGGAGGACACACGGGGAUUUCGCGCUCAAGCCUCCGCUCUCUCCGCAGAGUGUCGGAAAAUGCGGCGCUGGGGUUAUUGGCGGGGGGAGAAAAUCCUGCCUGCCAAAGUCCCCUCCCAGCUGUCUGGCGAAAGCAGCUGCCGAAAAGACCUGCAGUGGCGAAAACGGAAACACCGCAGGCGUGAGUGUUACAAGUGGGAUGCAAAGUUCGCGUGUGGCUAACCACCGUAGCAGUGACGAAACAGACACCACAACUGCACGUCUGGCGUUACGAAAGCACAGCACCUUGAGUCCUGUGUGUUCUCCCCAAGGCUCCCUCCCUCGAUAUAAGCUUGCCAGCUGCCUCUCUACAGGCAGUUCCCUCUCUGCUGUAAUGCCCCCAACUGGAUCUGGGGAAACAAUAAAGCCAGGGCAUGCGAGGCGUGUGUCAUUCUGCAAGGUCGUUCGUGUCCGCUUGAUCCUGGACUCGGAUGAAAUGGACGGGGAGGAUUCAGCUGAGACACAUGUGCAGCAUCCUGUGAGUCAGGGUGGCAGUAGCGUUGCUAAAUCCCUCACAUCCUCCCUAAUUUCAAAUUGACCAGUCUGCCGUUGUGUAUUCUGAUGUA